CCUCUUUGCUACCUCCGGUGGUUCCCGAGGCCGACAGCUGACUCUCUACCUCAGUCUAUCUUCUCGGGAGCCCCAGAGCCGAGCGGCUACGAGGCCUCUCGACGUUCCCCGAAUCCCGACGAAAAUCGCCAAUUGUAAUUUUUCAAGAUGGCGGUGGUCUGAGCCCAAAGUCGCGGCGCUGUAGCAUCCGUUAAACAUGUACAUUGCCUAGUUUUUAGAUUAUCCAAACUAAGAACCAACAAUUUCACAAUCCCAGUUACACCCCCAGUUAACCCCAACCUAAGAUAAUAAAAUUAAAUAAUUAAAGUGGUGAAGUGACAAAUAAAUGUGGGGUAAAAUAAUAAAUUCACGAUGACGUGGAACGUAACAACGAAGGUGACACCCGAGAGCUCGGUGUGGUGCAUGAGAACGUAUGGCAGAGACUAGAGAGAAUACGAUAAGAGGAGGCUUCGACGAGAUCCCCCUCCGAUCUCCAUUGGAUGCGCCCCCGCAGGCGUAAGAAAAUUCUCCAAAGAGCCAAUGUGCAAUUAGUCACCAUCGCAUCCCAUCAAAAAAUUCCCCGAAGAAUAUAUCCAAAAUUGUGCUAGAAUACCCCCACCAAAUGAUUUCCUGACAUGAUGGAAAGCAAGCUGUACGUGAAGAAUGAGCCAGGACUCGAGGGAACUGCAAGCCACUUGAAUUCACACCUGCUGUCCCAGGAUGAUCACAGUGGUCGUGUAUGUUUUGUAUGUGGUACACUUGGUCACAGUGAUCAGUACUGGCUGAGAGUGAAGCCAACCCCAGGUGGGCCACCGUCAGAGCCUUAUUUUCCAUUUUUGGAGUCACACGAGCCACCGAUUGGCUAUCGUGGUGAGAGUGCACGCAGUGGUGCUGUUAGAUCGUGCAGUUUGUGUUAUGCACUGCUGCUGCAGCAAUGGGAGAGCUUCGAGAGAGAGGCAAAGCCCCAUGGACAGAGAAUAUACUGGAUGAAAAGGUGCGAUGGGGGUCCCUACACUGGGGCUGAGAUGACACUCCAGGGAGAGUACGCUGCACAGGUAAUUGGUCUCACCAAUGAAACACCUGUUCAGGGAAAAAUCCAGGAGGGCUCAAGGCCUAUUGGUAUGUCACCGAGAUUACCAACAAAUUCACCAUCGCCGAGGGCUGAGCAGACACGACCUCCGUCUAGCUCUGAUGCCAGUAGACUUAAUCAGGAUACUCCCAGGCAUGUUGACCAGGUCAGGCUGACUAUGGAAUCACCUCAUCAGAGAUUGCAGAGUCCGAGGAAUGUUGGGGAGGAGAAUAGGGGGAGUGAGGCUGCUUUGGAUCUCAGGCAUGCUCCCAGAAGUUCACCAGCACCGCAACCACCUAAUUUACAGUCACAGGCGCAAGCGAUGUACAGUGGAGGCUCGUCUUCUAGUGCUGGCACUGAUAUUCUCGAUUUAUCAAUGCCGGACAAGAAUUCAGUUACCGAAGUUUGUUACGUUUGUGGCGAUGAGUUCAAGAGAGGUUCACUGAGUCAUAUCGCAGCUAAACCACUGCCAACACCGCCUCAUACAUCCAGCAGCCCUCCACCAUUUUUUCCAUCAUUGAUGCUACAUCCCAGACCGAGCAGAAGUCGACCCAUGGAUUCUGCUGGUCGAGUUCAGGCUUGCUCAGCAUGUCAAAAUCACCUCCUACUCCAGUGGAAGGCGUAUACACGUCAGGGAACACCUCAUGGUGACAGAAAUUAUACACUUCGUAAACGCCAGGCACCGACAGUCGAGCCAGCGACAUUUGUCUGUUACACGUGUGCAUUAGAGUAUCCCUCGUCCAGUAUUAGACUGUUGUACUGCUGUCCAAAUCCUGAGAAAGAAGCCUACUUUCCUUUUAUAUGUUCGUUAAGACCUCCACCAGGAGCUAGUCCCAUUAGUCCUCAGGGGAUGGUACAAGUUUGUUCCAUCUGUUACAAAGCCAUACCACAGAAACAACAGGUUUUCGGGGGUGAAAAUAACGAUGUUCAGCCACCAGCCCAGAGUGUUGAGUUUCGUCAGCAAGGCCCAUCCCCAAGGCCAGUAGUAGCUAAAUCCCCAGCGAAUUCAGCUGGCAGUGAUAUUCGUUUCAAGCCCUACGACUUGAAUAAGUCCAGUGGAGCAGUGUCAAAGUCAAGGAGUGCCAAUGUUAAGAUGCAGAGUUCAGCCCAGAGAAAUUCACCUAGUAGCAGUAGUGCACCAACAGAGAAUGGAAAUGUCGCUGGAGGACAGAAUUACAGAUGUUACAUCUGUGAGAGACUCUAUCCACGAACCCAAAUGGAGUGGCUGUCAACGAGUCCAGAGGGAAUGAAUUCGCACGCAAUGCACUUUCCCUGUCUCCGAGGUAUGGCGAGAACGUCGGAGAAUGCCUGCAUGGACAGUCACGGAAGAGUUCUAGCCUGCAGCCACUGUGUAAAUCACUUGGCCCAACAAUGGGAGAAUAUGGACGCUGAGAGAGUCCCCCUGGAGCGUCGUAGAUACGACAUACCUAGUCCACACCCCAAUGGUGAUGUCAAUCGUUCAAUAGCAACACCACCUAGUUCAAGUUCCGAGAGAACAUUUGCCAGUAAUCCAGGAACAUCUAGCAGCUCCAUAUACUGCUUUCUCUGUGGCCUUCACAGCGAUCUCACACUUGCUAGGGUACUUUAUGGUCAUCCACAGGGUCGUAAUGCACCAUUUUUUCCCGAAUUAUUGCGCCAUCAGUCACCAACAAAUGCUGAACAACUCAGGGAGGAUGGCUCAGCACUUGUCUGUACAUUUUGUUAUCACUCGCUAUUAGCUCAGUGGAGAAAAUACGAAUCACCAACACCCACUGGACAACAGAGCACUGCUAAUGAUAGACAAUACAAUACACAUGAUUAUUGGUGCUAUGUUUGUGGAAUAACGACAUAUCGUAAGAGGGUGAGAGCACUUCCUGUCAAGGAUUUUCCAUUCUUGAGGUAUCACCGACAACCUGAGAAGAGUUUGCUGUUGGAGAAUGGGGAUUUUGCUGUUGUUUGUCUUGAUUGUUACGAAACACUCAGGACACAGAGUUUGGAGUAUGAGAGGUGGGGAUUGCCCAUUGAGAAAAGAGAGUAUAAUUGGAUUGUUCAGCCACCACCACCUGAGGAUAGUCCCGAUGCUUCAAUUGCCAGGUUACCCUCUGGAGAACGUUCCGAGAAAGUGGUACCACCCACAUUGACAGCUAGACCGGCCCGUAAGAAUUGUUCACCGAAAGCUCCUGAUAAAAAACCACCACAAAAGAUGCCAGAGAAAGAGCAGCCCGGUCUUCAACCGGCGAGCACAAAAGCCCAACCGACGACAAUCGGCAAAUCCCACCGUCCAACUACCGGUGUAUUACCUCAGGGUCAUCCACCGGGUCCAGGACCAGGACCAGGUGGACAGCAAAAUAGCAGAAGUUUUGCCGCUGCACUGAGGAACCUUGCCAAGCAGGCAGGACCGGCUCCUCAGGAUGAAGAGCCUCGUGCGAGUCCUAAAAAUCGACCUCCACCACCUCUUGUACGUGGACCCUCACCCGCCAAGGAGCGUUCGACCCACGAACGGAGACCCGAGGAAAUACCGUCAAUGUACACGACAGCAAGAGCAUCGGAGAAUAGCAAGCACAUUGUAACAUCAGCAGCAUCGGAAUUAUUGGCUCGCUCUGGUUUUCAACCAUAUCGGCCGGAACACCAUCCAACCCAGCCACCCCCAGCAUUUGCACUGGAUCCAGCGGCUUACAGUCCUUAUCAUCAUGGCCUCUAUCCACCGCCUCACCUCCAGCACGCUUAUAGAUUAGAGGAACAGUUGUAUCUGGAGAGGGUUGGAAUGCUCAGGCCGCCUUUAUUUCCGGGAAUGCCCACGUAUCCACUCUAUGGACUCAGAUAUAGCCCCGAAAUGUUACCACCAGCAUCACUUGGCCUCAUGUCUCCUGUUAUGCACGAAAGGCUUAAAAUGGAAGAGGAGCACAGACUGAGACAAGUACGAGAGCAAGCAGCACUGAGAGACGAGGAAGAAAGGAGAAGAGCAGCUCGAAAUUCUGCAUCAGCUGGACCAACACCAGCUCCAGCCUCAGCUGAUACAGCAGCUAGGAAGCCGCCUAUAGCGGCUCAGUUGCACCCAGAGAGGGAUUCUCACCGUGACCGUUCGAUCGCCACAUCAACCCCCAUCACACCCCUGACCCCCCAAUCCGAUAAUCACAAGCCCCCAGUGCCCGCAACAGGUCCUCACCACCGCAAAGAAGAAUCUCCAGUGUCCCAUCAGGCCCCAGUCCCUCCGCCACCUCACAGUAUUCCCUUACCACCCCCUCUCACCCCCGCUGACAGCCCACAAAUAUACCACCACCCGCGCCUUGGGCCCUUCCAGCCUCCCCCAUCCCCCCUGACACCAGUCACCCCCCUAGCCGGUCAGAUAUGCCCCGUAACAACCACCAAUCCCCCACCAAUGCCCCUGCCACCCCUUGGUCCACCCCUCGGACCCCUAAAUCUCGGUCCCCCGAUUACCCCCAUCCCAAUGCCCCUACCAACAAUACCAAUGCCUCUCCACCCGAACACAAUUCACUCUAGUCAACACCAAUCAAGCCUCAUCACUCCCACUCCCAUAACCACUUCCACAUCCACAACCUACCCCCUUCCACCACCACCCCAAACCCUCAAUUCCUACACAACAACGACGAAUUCCCUCCUGGCGAGUGGUACAAUGUCAACUCACGCUGUUCAACCCCUGAAUCAACCCCCAAACACUUCGAAUCACGUGACAACCUGUCACAAAUCACCACCAGUGCCCUUGAGGAUCAAAGAGACACCAGUGACAACGAGUCAGUCGACGUCAGGAGGUCAAGGACAAAUGGCUCAACUGACACCAGUGACGUCAGCCCAUCAGCCAUUCGUUAGGCCAUUUGAGGACUCGUUCAGAUCCACCAAGAUACCGAUCUGGGGCAUUCGCAAUCAGAUUGGACACGAGAAAAGUGUGACAACAAGUGGAGAGACUGCUGAGGGUAAAGGGCCCUAUCAGACCCAGACUUAUCAUCCCGUUGUGACACAGGGGGUCUACAAGCCUCAGGUGUUUACACCCCUGCAGUUGCCUGUCAAGGGGAGUUCCACCAAUGGAGAUGUCAGGAUCAGUCUCAAUGGGAUGAAGAGUCAGGUGGAAGGACUGGAGACUAGCUGUCAAAAUAAUCCGAGUAAUUCCAGUAAUCUCAGUAAUCAGAAUAAUCAGAGCAGUCAGAGCAGUCAGAGGAAUGGGAUUGUCUCGGUGGAAACGUUGGUACACGAGAAAUCGGUGAAUGCCAAUUUUUACAGCAACGUCGAGGGUAAUUUUAUGUCAAAAAAUGUCAAGACUGUGGAGAGCUCAAAGGAGAUGAAGCCUGUUGAUGUCUCUGGAGACACAUUGAGGAUUAAUCACAGGAUUGGGAGCAACUCCGGUGAUAAAAUAGCUGUCAACAACGAGAGUGAGAGGACACCUGUCAGAACUGAGGGCGAGCGAGAUGAGCCACUAAAAAUUCCGUCAGCCAACGUCAAUCCGUUACCCUAUCAGCCCUUCAAGCUCUCCAUCAAUGAGAUAAAUCACAAGCCAAGUAUCGACAGUCAGAUACUCCAGAGUAUAAAAUCGGAGGAGGUCCUCAGGACGUGUCAAAAUGUAUCUAAUGUACUUCUACAGAUUCCCAAGUACCAGGAGAAGCUGUUGAACUUCUCCAGUAAUGAUUUCAAGGGAUCAUUCUGUUACACCGAUAAGUGCAAUAAUUUGACGGAGGUGACGGUCAAGUGCGAGCCACCUGUACUCAAUGUUCCUGAUCCCAAGGUCAUUGCUAGGGGAGAUUUUUUAGCUGACAGGGGGAGGGAUGUGACGUCGACUCUUGAUCUUGCUGAGAAAAAAAGACGUAGAAAGAGGGAGAGGAGUUGUGGGGCCACUCGCAGCUCUGAGUCCGAGGGUGAGGUCGAGGUCAAGGAUGCUGAUUUAUGGAUCACCAAGGGACCACCUGCCAAACUCGCCUUCUCCGAGAGCAAACUCUCAUUCCUCGCGAUCUUCGGGUUAACCACUUUGAGCACAAGAAAUGAAUUGGAGUUGUGUAAAUUGGAGAAGAGAUAUCGCCUGAACCCGGAGCCCCCGGAAGUGCCUCUGGACACAUCGGAACCGAUAAUCGAGUCGGUUUUACCGAUACCCAAGGAUCAUCCUGAUGUACUGCUCAAUUCCUCGGAUUUCAUGCCGAAGGUCGGAUUCUUAAAAACCAUCGGCUUGGACAUUAUGCCACCAAACAGACGAGACGAAGCGGAGGAAACCUGGCAAUACGUCCUGAAGGAUCGAAAAAAACGUAGGACAACCAAUUCGGUAACAGCUUAUUGCGAGCGAGUGGCAAAAGUGUAUUCUAAGACACCCCCAGCAUCUCCGAGGCCCCUCCAAAAAAUGCGACUACUCGAUCGCAUUAAAGUAAAGUCAAUUCCAGAGAGGCCACCGCCUCUUCCUCCUCUCGUACCAAAUAUUCAGUCCACGUAUCACCCGGCGAUGCCUGUCCGAGGGGAAAACGGAAUUAAACAGCCCCGUAAACUCAUUGACAUUCAUGAGAACUGCGACGAGGACGACGAGACCAAUCACAAAGUUACGUGGAGCAGUAUUGAGGAUAUUAUGAUUGCUUACAACGAGUAUUCCAAAGGAAAAUCCCUGGAGAGAAGAAUCCUGAAAAAUCACAUGUCAAAGUUGAUAUCCCAAUCGAAUACUCUCCGCUCGGAAGCAAUUCAACUGGAGCGAGUGAGAUACGAUUUAUUGGCAGCGAGACAGGCUCUCGACAACGAGAGACGACACAUCAGCGAUAAAAUUGAGAGGGUAAAUGCACUUGUCAGGAAUCUUAGAUAGCGAUGCAUAACGCACAACACGGAAACUCAUUCAUCUGUGAUAUUAUCGAGGGGGUAAGGGCCGAGGAAUCACCGAAAUGAUAUAAUCCACGAGUCAAUGAGCCUCUGGACUCACCCGAAAUGCCAAGGAUUUUUCUCUGUUUAUUUAAAGGCCAUUCCGUUUCUUUUAUUCUUCUGAGAAAAUCUGCUGGUGCCAGACAUGUAGAAAAUUGUAAAAAUAAAAUUCAGAGACAUAGGACCAUAUCAAUUAUCACGAUCAAAUGUAUAAAUUGUACAAACGUCUGUGGAAAUUCAUCGUUUUCACUCCGGUACGAGAAUUUUUUUUUUAUUCAUAUUAACGGCUCUUACACCCAAAGUUUAUUAUUAAUUAUUGUAAUUUGUACGAUAUGAAUGCGAGGGGGAAAGUGAGAUUUUCAGGAGACAUUGGUCAAGCAUUUGUUGGGAAUUAUUUCGGGUGUUGGAUGAGAUGAAGAGAUGAUUUUAUUGAUUUUAUUUGAUUUUAUGUGAUUUUUAUUGAAGCACUGGAUCAUUUAUUCGAUGUAAAUCGAAUAAAAAUUGCUCCUAAUUAAUUUUUUUUAAACAAUUUUUAAUGAAAAUAUUGAAUGUGUAAUUGUGAGAUAUGGGAAUAUCGAAAUAAUUCUCUUCAUUCCACUCAAUGACUCAUGUAAUUCUCUUUUUAACAUCUCAAACAUGAAAAAUAAUAAUUUAUAACUGAUAAUUCAGAACGAGUUGUACCAGGCGAUUCCUAAGUCUACCAAUUAGAAAGAUAAUAUCGAUACAAAUAUAGUAUAUAUUAUAUAGUAACGGUGAGGAGGACGAAGAACAAAUAGGGAAUAAUAGGAGACUCGAUCAUUUUGUACAUCGUCGGUAGUCAAUGACGCAAGAUAUAUCGCAGGACGUGUGAAGAUGAUU